CAAUAUUAUCCUGUGGAUACGUAUGGUGCGUGCGCUCGGACAACGACACCAACGUGCGAACGUGGAGGUUACUGUGAGGCGAUGCUGGAUACACACUAUCAUUUUUACCUCUCCUUUGAAAACUCAAUUUGUAAAGAUUAUAUCACGGAGAAGCUAUGGAAUCAUGGAUAUAUGCACUAUGUUGUACCGAUAGUGUUAAAG